UCCUGAGAGGGAAAACCGUUGCCUUGGAUUUACAGGGAGGGACAGAAAGGAUGGAUUGCAAAAGUACUACCGAGCUCACCAUGCCUGCUCAGCCACCUGUUUACAGCUCCAUGCCCAAAGUGAGCACAAACCAACAAAGAAUCAUCCUUGCCUCAGUCAUGGUGAUUCUCCUGGGCUUCUUCAUAGUUGCCGGUGCUUUGGUAGGAGUUUACCUGACCCAAAAACACACAGAAAAGGUCCUUGACAUGGUCAUCCAGGGAAACAAGGGGGAAGAGGAAGAGCAGACGGCCAUGGUAAAUGAACGGGAGAACGUGGCCGCUUUCCACAUCAAAAGAAAGAAAUCCACAGCCACUGUUGUGUACAACUAUAACCAAGGUCUAAUAGGUCUCAGAAUCACCAACAGUAAAAAAUGUUUCGUGAUGAAGAUGGAUAAACUCAACAUACCAAGCUUGGAUGAAAUUUCCAGAGAUCUCCCACAUUUUAACGCCAAACAGGUCUCUGGAGACAACAUGUCUUACAACUUCACAGAGGCGGAACCGGCUGACCGCACUACACUGGGAACAACUCUGAAUAUUCUCUGCAGCGACAUCCCCAUCUACUGGGCUCUGCCUCGCAAGAUCCAAGGAAACCGCAGCAGUUCUGCUCCUCUUGGCUCCCCCUGGUGUUUCUUUAGCUCUUUGUGCUUGUGCUUUUGAUCUGAAAUCUCAAGUUACUGUGUGAAUUACGCCUACUCGUCAGCACAGACCGCAG